GUUUAAACUAAAGAGGAAAUAUAUUCCUGAUAAUCAAGUUUCUGUACAUAAUCAAUUUGACUGUUUUAAAAAGCUUCUGUUUUUGUUCUGUUCUGUUUUGUUUUUUCAUUUCAAUUAACAUUUGGUUUCAAAUUGUCAGAUUAGCUGGAAACAAUUUUUUUUGUUGCUGUUGUUAUUAUUCAAAUGAUGAUUAUAUGUAUAUGAAAAGAAAAAUAUCUUGUAUCCUAAAAGACCCCCCCCCUACAGAAAAUAAAAAAAUAAAAGAAAACCAUUCACAAAAAGAAAACAAAUAAGAAGAAUUACUGAUGUGAGAUUAAUAUUUUAGAGUAUUAAACAAUCUGUACUAUUCAUUCACAAUAUGUAUCUAACGAUAGAGUUCAAUGUUUACAUAAUACUUGGUUACCAUGGCGACAAAUUGAAUAAAAUCCAUUUGAUCGAACACUUAAAUUCCAACUUAUCAUUGAAUUGAAUAUUAACAUUCCUUGGUAACUUGAAUCGAUUCAUUAUUAUCGAUUACAUCAUGUAUUAUGUAAUCAUCAUUAUUCAAUUAUUAAAUGUUAUAAAUUAUCAUUCAAUAUUAUCAUAUCAAACCAAUGAGUUGAUUAGAAACACUAUGCCUUUAAAUCGAUUAAAACGUAUAAUAGAUUAUAGUCAUUCUAAUUUAGAUCAUUCUAUUCUAUCUAAUACUAUAAAUAUAUUCUAUCGAAUUCGUGCUGAUAGAAAAGGUUUAAUGACAUGUGAAGUAAACAUAAAAGAAAUUGAUUUUUCCCAUAGUAACAAAAAUAUACAUAAUCAAACACAAUUCAUCAAUGAAUCAAUAAUUGAAAUGAAACCAACAAGUACGGUAUAUUUAAUUUGUCCACAGCUUUCAACUUCCAUAUGUUAUAUGGACUGUAGUCCAAACUGUUUAUUAAAUGAAAAUAGUUGUACAAUACCACGUAGUAUAGCGCAAGUUAUUGAAGGAUGUCAGUUUAAAAGGAUCAAUGCAAGCACAUUCCAAUAUCAAUAUAUUAUUAAUAUGGAACAACUUGAUCAUACUGGCCUAUGGAAUUGUGAAUAUCGUGGACAACGGGCAGUUAGAUCGCUAGAAUUACAGGCUGCAGAAACUUUUCCAACAAAUAUCAGUGAUGCUAGUAAUAAUCCUGAUAAAAAUAUUACCAGCAGUAAUAAUGAUAUUCAGAUUAAGAAUGGCUUAUUGAAACAAAAUAGAACCGAUAUUAUAAAUCAGUCUCACAGAAACAUCAAAAGUCAAUCUAAAUUCAAUAAAAUCAAUUCAAUUACAACGAAGAGUGAAAUGACUGAAAACAGGAAAAAUCCGAAUAAUUUCGCUGAAGCUACCAUGGAGACAAUGCAUCAAAAUAAUUUGAUGAAUUUAACUGAGGAAUUGAAAAAUGACACUAUGGAUAAAAAGUAUAUUCGUUUGGCACAGAAACAAGAAAGUCAACGUCUACUUGAUUUUAAAUUGACUCGACCUGAAUUGGUACUCAGUUUGAUUGGAAUAUUGGCUAUUUCUCUGAUCGUCAAUAUUAUUUUAAUAAUUCGAUGUUUAUUAUUGAAGAGUUAUUUAGAUGAUGCCCAACAUGGAAAAGUAAACUCCUACUUAAAAUGUGUAUUAUGUAUACAAACCAAAUCUAAUUUAAACAUGUCAACAUCUAUGAAUAAAUCAUUGGAUGUAUCGAAUCAUCAACCAUUAUUAAUGACAUCAUGUCAUGUUGGACAAAUCAUUGAACCUAAUACAACAUUCAUGAAUUAUUCUACACAAAUUGAUGAUAGUUUAACAGAAUCUGUCUUAUUAUAUCAUAAUAAAUCUGGACAUUAUACACAGAAUGAAAAUAAUCAUUUAUUACCACCUAUAAAUAGUAAUAUGAUGUUACCAAAUCUAUUUCAAUCAACUACAUCCAUUCUACCAUUAUCAACAACACAUAAUACAAAUGUUUCAUAUAAAUCAACAACUCCAACAUUUCAUCAUUUAAUUAGUAAUUCAUCAACAAUGAAUCCAGAUGAUUUAUUCAAAUAUCAUAAACAGAAUGGUCAAAGUAGUUCUGGUGUUUCAUUAGAAUCAGAUCCAACUUCAAUAAAACGAACAAAUUUAUUUCAUUCACAAUCGGUUAAUUAUUCUAAACAAUCCAAUUAUCAUCAUCAUCCUCUAUUAUCUGAAUGUUGUUUUCAAAAUGGUAGUAUUACUAUUACUGGUCAAAAUGGUAGUUUAAAUGGAUCAUUAUUAUAUUCAAAUGAUUCAACUAGUUUAACUGAUACAACAAAUGGAAAUGGUGUAAUUAUACCAAAUCAUAUCAUUGUAUCACCAAAUCCUUAUUCAACUUAUCGUAUGCAAUAUUUAAGUACAGGUGAACAAUCUGAUAAAUUAACAAGAAAAGUUGAUCUUCAACAACAAUCGAAACAAUAUCAUCCAUUUACACAAUCAAAUAGUAAUACCAAUAGUAUAUAUCAACGUAGUACUUCACAAUCUACUCAAGAAAAAGACCGUCAAUCAUGUACAAAUAUUGAAUUAUCUCAUUCAAAUAAUAUUGAAAAUGAUGAAACAUGUCAUUUAAUAACAGAAAAACGAACUCAUCAAGAUUUAACAAAUUAUACAUUUAGAAAUAGUUCUACAAUUGAUUCUUUAUCACAGGAUACUACUAAUCAAUCAAUCAAUCAAUUAUCAUCAUGUCUUACACCAUUAAUAGUUAGAUUUCCAUCUGGUGAAUCUGGAUUUUUAUUUUGUCCAACUCAUACAACAAUAAAUGAACAUUAUCAAACGGAUAGUUUAUCAUCAUGUCAAUCAAAUCGUUUAUCAAUGAUCUCUAAUCCUAUUCAUAAAUCAAUAAAUAUUGAUUUAAAAGAAAAUGAUACAUUAUUAAAUUCAAAUAUAAAAAUCAAUACAAAUUGUAUCCAAGGUAAUUUAGAGGGUAAUUUAAAAUUAGAAAAUUCUAUUGAAUCUAAUCAAUUAUUUAAAACUAAUCAACAUUUGAUUUCAUUGGAAAUCGAUAAUAAUAAUAAUAAUAAUAAUGAUAAUCAUGAAAAAUUAAAUACAUUGAAAAAUUCAAAUAAUUCAUUGAUUAAUUCUGAAACAUCAUUGAUUAAAUCGAAUGAGAAAUUAGAAAUAAUCAAUAUUCAAACCUCAUUACAUAAUAAUAAUAAUAAUAUACAUCGAAAUUGUGAAUUUCAUCAAUUUAAUGAUAGUUCUAAUGAUCGAUUACAUAAUCAAAAUGAUAUUCAGGAAUUAAAUAUUAAUCCUACUAUAUAUCCGGUGCAUUAAUAACUAACUAUGUAACUUUUAUUGUAUAUUAUAUUGUAUUGUAUUAACUUAUAUUUCUUGUUGAUUGAGAUCAUGAACUGAUUGAUGUUAGGCCACCAUUGAAAACCUGGAAGCACUAGACGGCCGUUUCGUCCUAUUGUGGGACUCCUCCUCAGCAGUGUGCA